UCAGUGCGAAGAGAGGCGCCGGGCGCUCCAUGGCCGCGCCGUAACGGGGACCCAGCCGCCUCCCAGCCCAGCCCAGCCCAGCCCUUCCGCCCGCCCAGGAUGGAGGCGCCCGCCAGCGCGCAGACCCCGCACCCGCACGAGCCCAUCAGCUUUGGCAUCGACCAGAUCCUCAACAGCCCGGACCAGGACAGCGCACCAGCCCCGCGGGGCCCCGACGGCGCCAGCUACCUGGGAGGGCCCCCCGGGGGCCGUCCGGGCGCCACAUACCCGUCUUUACCAGCCUCCUUUGCCAGCCUCGGCGCCCCCUUCGAGGACGCGGGAUCUUACAGUGUCAACCUGAGCCUGGCGCCCGCCGGCGUGAUCCGGGUGCCAGCGCACAGGCCGCUGCCUGGGGCCGUGCCGCCGCCUCUGCCUAGCGCACUGCCCGCCAUGCCUUCCGUGCCCACGGUCUCCAGCCUGGGUGGGCUCAAUUUCCCCUGGAUGGAGAGCAGCCGCCGCUUCGUGAAAGACCGCUUCACAGCGGCGGCGGCGCUCACGCCCUUCACCGUGACCCGGCGCAUCGGCCACCCCUACCAGAACCGGACGCCGCCCAAGCGUAAGAAGCCGCGCACGUCCUUUUCUCGGGUGCAGAUCUGCGAGCUAGAAAAGCGCUUCCACCGCCAGAAGUACCUGGCCUCGGCCGAGAGGGCGGCGCUCGCCAAGUCCCUCAAAAUGACGGACGCGCAGGUCAAGACCUGGUUCCAAAACCGGAGGACCAAGUGGCGGCGGCAGACGGCGGAGGAGCGGGAGGCGGAGCGGCAGCAGGCGAGCCGGCUCAUGCUGCAGCUGCAACACGACGCCUUCCAAAAGAGCCUCAACGACUCCAUCCAGCCCGACCCGCUCUGUCUGCACAACUCGUCGCUCUUUGCUCUGCAGAAUCUGCAGCCCUGGGAGGAGGAUAGCUCCAAGGUCCCCGCCGUCACCUCUCUGGUGUGAGCCACCAGCCCGCACCGUCGCCAAGGAUCGCCGCCCGCACAGGGCGGGACGCCCCGGACCCCCAGCCAGGCUGGGGGGGAACCGAGGCCGAGAGGGGAAGGGGCCGCCAGGCUCGAGUAGGCCCCGGGCGCGGCCGCAUCCCCGCCGGCCGCGGAGGGGGGCUGGGCCUCGGGCUCCGCGCGGCUGCACAAUCCGAGCCCCCGCCCCGCGCCCAGUCCCGCCCCAGGCCCGGGCCUGACAAAGAAAGCGCCUUACGUUUCUCCGCCCCUCGCCCGCACCCCCCGGGCCGGGCGCCUGUAUUAUACUUUGUACUUUUGCCCAAACGUGUAAAUAAAAAAGUUUUGGCUUUUUUUCUUUAGAAAUCGGCCACCUGCUUCCCCCGCGGGGGCCGCUGGAGGAGGGGCGGUCGACCAGGUGGUUGGGGGAAGCGCCAGGGGCUGGGGCACCCUGCGUUUAGGCUGGGUCCACUCCUCUCCUUUUCCGUUCCUUUUAUUUAAGUCGUUUUAUUUAAUAAAAAAGUUAGCUA